AUGUGGUGUCAAAAGUGGUUAUUCGCUUUCUUGGUAGCAGGGGCCGGCGCUGCCCCGGCCAGCACGGCCAAAGACAGUAUCUCGUCAGUUGUUAAGAAUGGCGUCAAGUAUACUGUCUUUGAACACGCUGCGACCGGCGCCAGGAUGGAGUUUGUCAAGAACUCGGGGAUCUGUGAGACUACUCCUGGGGUGAAUCAGUACUCUGGAUAUCUCUCCGUCGGGGAUAACAUGAACAUGUGGUUCUGGUUCUUCGAGGCCCGAAACAACCCCAAACAGGCUCCCCUCGCUGCCUGGUUCAACGGUGGCCCCGGUUGCUCCUCCAUGAUCGGUCUGUUCCAGGAGAACGGCCCUUGCCACUUUGUCAACGGCGAAGAUACCCCCUCGCUGAACAAGUACAGCUGGAACAACUACGCCAACAUGCUGUAUAUUGACCAGCCCAUCGGCGUGGGGUUCUCCUACGGCACAAACGACGUAACCAGCACGGAGACUGCUGCUCCCUAUGUGUGGAAGUUGCUGCAGGCCUUUUAUGCACAGUUCCCGGAAUACGAGAGCCGUGACUUUGGCAUCUUCACCGAGCUGAUCUUCCAGUCCUACGGUGGACACUAUGGCCCCGAAUUCGCGUCGUAUAUUCAGGAGCAAAACGCCGCCAUCAAAGCCGGAACGGUAUCUGGCGAAAACAUCAACCUGGUCGCACUGGGAGUCAACAACGGCUGGACCGACUCGGCCAUCCAAGAAAAGGCGUAUAUCGAGUACAGCUACAACAACACCUACAAACAGCUUAUCAACUCGUCCGAUCGCACGCGUCUGCUGAGCGUCUACAACAGCCAAUGUCUGCCAGCGAUCCAGAAAUGCGCCAAGACAGGCACCAACGCCGACUGCAGAAACGCCGACAGCGUCUGCUACUCCAAUAUUGAGGGGCCGAUCAGCGAGUCUGGUGACUUUGACGUGUAUGAUAUCCGCCAGCCGCAAAACGACCCUUUUCCGCCUCAGACGUACUCCACCUACCUCGCCAAUCCCAACGUUGUCAAAGCCAUUGGCGCGCGUACGAAAUACCAGGAAUGUCCAAACGGACCGUACAACAAGUUUUCGCAAACGGGAGAUACUGACGACGUAGACCCUCGCUCGUUCCUGGCCACUCUCUCCGACGUGGUCAAGUCCGGCAUCAAUGUCAUCGUAUGGGCCGGCGACGCCGACUGGAUCUGCAACUGGCUGGGCAACUACGAGGUGGCCAAUGCGGUUGAUUUCCCCGGACAGUCGAAGUUCACGGCGAAGGAUCUGGCGCCGUACACGGUUAAUGGCGUGGAGAAGGGCACGUUCAAAUCUGUCGACAACUUCUCGUUCCUGAGGGUAUACGAGGCCGGACACGAGGUUCCUUACUACCGUGAGUCCUUCCUGACAUCGCAACCCGAAACCGCGCUUCAGGUCUUCCAGCAGAUCCUUCAGAAGAAGCCCAUCUUCUCAACUUAG